AAUAUGCCAUUGAAAUUUGUUUUCAUGAAACAUUUCACUGUUAGUGUUAACAUAACUUUGUAGUGCAUUUGAAAAUAUAACACGUGACUAAGAAAACGUAACAGGAUUGGCUGGCUGCUGGGUGUUGAGUUCUGAAAUCCUUUGCAAAUGUCUGUUCGUCUUUUCAGAGCAACAGUGAAUUUUUACAACGAAACUGAAUUUUAACAACGAAGUUGAAUUUCAGACAGCGAAUUAUUCAAUUUAACAUUUCAAAUUCAAAUCCCAUUUCAAUUUCAAAUCCACGUAACAUUUCAAUUGCAUUUGAAUUUCAAAUUCAAAUCCCGGUGGCACUUGUCUACUUCCACGGAAGUAAUUAAAGAAUUCACCCACAUAACAUUACUCCGUCAAUAUCACGGAAAAAAAAAUCACAGUUGAUAAUUGUUUUGGAAAAUCCUUUCUCGCAAUCUGUCUUCACGGAGAUGAUUUAUUUUUAUUUCCUAAAUGUUAUCCACCUAAUAUCCCCGUGGAUUAAUUAAUACCCAAAGAAGAAGCACCAAAUUGAAAAAAAAAAUGGUGACCCCAGAUAUUAAAUUCUCAUAAAAGGUAUAAUCGGGGUAGAUAGCGCUCAGUAGUACAGUCUCCGGAGCAGAAGGUGGCGGUAGUGCACCAUUAAAAUGGAUUAUCAACCGCCAGCAAUUGAACGAAGACCAAAGGUUUCCAAAUUCGGUUAAAUAGUUUGCCCAAUACGUCUUGAUCCCAUUCCGAGUUUUGCACUCCUUCACGGCAGAACCGAGUCCAGUUGUUACUGUAUUAUUUUUUAACAGCAUUCUCAGUGUUUCACGCUGGAAAUCCAAGCGAAGUAUUUCGACGAGUAGUGAGUAGAGGGCUCACUUUUUUUAAGUUCCGUAAACGGAAGUUCCUAGUUUUUGACUCGCAGACGCUAGGACUUUACAAUUCCCAUGAGUGAGAAUGGAUGUUUAUCGUCAAAACGAACGCUACGAGCCACUUCGUGCCUCGAUGGCAGUUCCUGAUCCAGAAAUGCUUCGUGCUAUUCACCAAAUAUCAGAAGCCCUCGGCAGCUACGAACGCUCCAAGAUUCUCUACUUGUGCGAGAUUUCGGACACAGACAAUACAGCCGCGCAUAUAAAGUAGACUCUCAAGUCCAAAGUCAGGAGCUACGACAAAGGGCGUCUGUUUUUGGCUGAGCUCAUGCUACAUUUGGGGAGAUAUGACAUCCUCAGGCAGGUGUUUGGGUUCAGCCGGGACGAUGUGGAGAGAGCUCUGAGAUCCGAGCAGGUUCUACCCAGAUUCAGAGUUCUGAUGGCUCACAUCAGCGAGGACAUGGCCAAGGAUGAUGUGAGCAGUGUGAAGUUUCUUCUGGGUCACAUGCUACCGCGUAAGAAAAUGGAAACUGCCAAGGAUUUCCUGGACUUGGUUGUCGAACUAGAGCACGUGGGCAAGGUUUCCCCUACAAGGGUGGACCUUUUGGAGGAAUGUUUAAUGGACGUCGGCAGGGUAGACCUGGCCAAAAAGCUCAAGGUGUACAAGAUGUCAGUCAGCGCGCCAGCAGUACCCGAGGAAGUGGUGCGCCACCCUUGCCAGGAGAGUCCAGUGAGUCGGUACACAUUCGCCAGUGACCCCAGAGGGGAGUGCGUCAUCGUAGACUGCGUGGGGAAUGACAGAGAGAUGAUGGCGCACACAUUUAAAUCACUGCACUUCAAUGUGACCCUGCAUAAAUGGCUAAACCUGGUCGAGACUGUCUCAACGCUCAGAAAAGUCUUCCAAAGGAGUCCGGACCACAGUGGCGACGGCUUCGUCUGCUGCAUCAUCAGCCGGGCGAUCGACAAUCGCCUCCAGGCCACGGACAUGAACUGCGAAGGCCUCCGUCUGGAAGAUGUCCGCCGCUUUUUCAACGGCGACGCCUGUCCGGCGCUGGUCGGCAAGCCAAAACUGUUUUUCAUCCAGAGCUACACUGUGUCAGACUUCCAACCCUGCGCUGUGGAGAACCGCUGGGAUGACGGCUGGGAGACGGACGGUGGCGCCGGUCAGCUGAGACCCGAUUGUCUCCCGUCAGAUGCGGACGUGCUCUGGAGUCACUGCUCGACCGCAGAGCAUCAACUGCAGCGAGGCCGACACCGUUCCGUUUACCUCAAGGCUUUGACGGACGCCUUGGGCAGGAGCCGACAUCUGGUCGAUCUUCACGUGGAGGUGAACGGUGCAAUCUUGGAGCACAAUACCCGGCAUCGUGAGGAUCAGUACCACAUUGACCUGAAAAGACCUUUACUUAUAGUUGUCUGA